AGAUGGGUGUACAAACAAAUAAUUACUAUAAAUGUGAUGACAAAAGUAUGUACCUCACAGAGAAAGGUGCUUCAAAGUUGGGAGAGGAGUGCUAGGGAAGGCUCCCAGAUUGAGCUAAGUCUGGAAAGGCAAGUAGGCAGUCUCCAGAUGGGACAUAGAAUAGAACAGCCAGGUAGAGGGAAGAGCGUAGGGGUCAAGAAGGAAAUGACUCGUUGGAAAAAAGAAAGUACUUUUGUGUGGGUGGAGCCUAGGAGGAGAUAAGGAGCCUAGAGAGGAGAUAAGGCAGAAGAGGUGAGCACUAGCCAGAUUUUUUUUUAAUUUUAUUUUUUUAAUUUUUAUUUUUGGCUGUAUUGGGUCUUUGUUGCUGCGUGCAGGCUUUCUCUAGUUAUGGCAAGCGGGGCUACUCUUUGUUGCAGUGCGUGGGCUUCUUAUUGUGGUGGCUUCUCUUGUUUCAGAGCAUGAGCUCUAGGCACAUGGGUUUCAGUAGUUGCAGCAUGCAGGCUCAAUAGUUGGGGUACACAGGCUUCGUUGCUCCUCGGCAUGUGGGAUCUUCCCGUACCAGGGCUCGAACCCGUGUCCCCUGCGUUAGCAGGCAGAUUCUUAACCACUGUGCCACCAGGGAAGUUCCACAAGCCAGAUCUUAAGGGAUCCUACAUAUCAUGCAAAGAAGAUCAGUCUUCAUCCAAGGAACCACUGAAGGAUUUUGUGCAGACGAGUCACAUGACUAGGUUCACAUUUGAGUGAAGAAAAGACCAUGACACUUGAAGCAGGGAGACGAGUCAGCCAGCUAAGCAUUUUUCCAGGCCAAAGAGGUGGUGGCCCAAAAUAAAAACAAAGUUACAAGGUGACAAAAACAAGAAAGAGAAGUAGAAUCAGCUAGCUGUGUCGACUGACUACUAAGAGGGAGAAAUCUAGUUUAUCUACAAAUCAAAAUUAAAUAUGUUUCAAAUGAAAUAUGUUUCUACUUAACUCUCUCCAGCAUUUGUGAUGAGCAAUUAACAAUGUGUACUCUAUUUCUGCCUUCCACCUCCUCUCCAAAUCCCCGAGAUGCUGAGUGGGUCUUUGGUUGGAAGUCUUCCUCAGGGUGGUUAACCCAGGAUGCUGCUCAAAAGUCUGCUCUAGAACAGAAGGGGACUGGGACCCUGGGGAAGCCUUUUAUAGAUGAGAAUCACAACACUUUGUUCAUUCAGCAAACAUUUAUCAGGUGCCGUGAUGUGCUGGAUGCUUUUCUUGGCCCUGAGAACUGGGGCGUGAAAUAGCUGGAAUUUUUCAAGCCUGGGUUAGAAAAGUAAUGAGUAGGGCUUAAAGGGGGCUCCCCCAGGUAGCGCAGCACACUGUGUUUUGUCUCUCCUGCUUUCCCUGUGUUUUCCAUUUUUCUCCUCUUCCCCACCCCAGCUCAGGAGCCAUGUUUAGCUGAUGCUGAAGAAUUACUCAGCUCUUGGAAAUUGCUGAGCUGGGUGUCCGGGCUUCUUGGCUGCAGCACUGGAUGGUGAUUAAGCAGAAACUUCAGGUCCGGCAACCGGCAGGGAGGGAUCAGGAUAAGAAGGAAGGUGCUCCUCACGUGGGUCAACUGCUCCAGUGUGCGCUGGGCCACCCGGGUUCAAGAUGUUUUCACAGCGGGGAAGCUUCUGGCCCUGGGCCUCAUCAUCAUCAUGGGAGCCGUACAGAUCUGCAAAGGACAGUACUUCUGGCUGGAGCCAAAGAACGCAUUUGAGAAUUUCCAAGAACCGGACAUCGGCCUCAUCGCGCUGGCUUUUCUUCAGGGCUCCUUUGCCUAUGGAGGCUGGAAUUUUCUAAAUUACGUGACUGAGGAGCUUGUCAAUCCCUACAAGAACCUUCCCAGAGCCAUCUUCAUCUCUAUCCCACUGGUCACAUUUGUGUAUGUCUUUGCAAAUGUCGCUUAUGUCACUGCAAUGUCCCCCCAGGAGCUGCUGGCAUCAAAUGCAGUCGCUGUGACUUUUGGGGAGAAGCUCCUAGGGGUCACGGCCUGGAUCAUGCCCAUUUCCGUCGCCUUGUCCACAUUCGGAGGCGUCAACGGGUCCCUCUUCACCUCCUCCCGGCUGUUCUUUGCUGGAGCCAGGGAGGGCCACCUUCCCAGUGUGUUGGCCAUGAUCCAUGUGAAGCGCUGCACCCCAGUCCCAGCCUUGCUUUUUACAUGCAUCUCCACCCUGCUGAUGCUUGUCACCAGUGACAUGUACACACUCAUCAACUAUGUGGGCUUCAUCAACUACCUCUUCUACGGCGUCACAAUUGCUGGACAGAUCGUUCUUCGCUGGAAGAAGCCUGACAUCCCCCGCCCCAUCAAGGUCAACCUGCUGUUCCCCAUCAUCUACUUGCUGUUCUGGGCCUUGCUGCUGGUCUUCAGCCUGUGGUCGGAGCCCGUGGUGUGUGGCAUCGGCCUGGCCAUCAUGCUGACCGGGGUGCCUGUCUAUUUCCUGGGCGUUUACUGGCAACACAAGCCUAGGUGUUUCAAUAAGUUCAUUGAGCUGCUGACCCUGGUGAGCCAGAAGAUGUGCGUGGUUGUGUACCCCAAGGUGGAGGAGGGCUCGGGGACAGAGGAGACGGAUGAGGCCACUGAGCAGCAGCAGCCCAUCUGCCAGCCCACGGCCUCCAAGGACAGGGAUGCGGUGGAGCCCUGAGGACCACCCUCCCUU